AUGGGAGCAAUGGAAGCUGUCUUGGUUACUCUGAAUAACAACGUCAGUUUCAUGGGUAAGACGUGGUGGGUGUUUACGCUGACCCUCCGCCUCUCCUCCCUCCUCCUCUCCGGCUUCACCCUCUUCUACGACGAGCAGGAUCAGUUCGUCUGCAACACCAUCCAGCCUGGCUGCACCAACGUGUGCUUCGACGUCUUCUCCCCCCUCUCCCUCUUCCACUUCUGGCUGCUCCAGCUCCUGUCCCUGAGCCUCCCUCACCUGCUGUUCCUCACGUACGUCACCCACAGAGUCCUGUCCUCCCAGAGUGUCCCAGCUCCUCGCCGUUCCUCGGAGAGGAGACGGACGAACUCUCUCUCCACCCUGCGCCGAACUCCCUCCAGUGAAACUCGCCUCGGCCCCGCCCCUCCACGCAUCCCGCCGGCAGGUUGGUCCUCGGCCAGCUAUCCGUGCGCUUCCUUCCUGGAUUCGGCCGCUCGCGUCCUCCUGGAAGCCGCUUUUGUGGCCGCCCAGCUCUACCUCUACGGUCUCUCCGUGCCGCGCAGCUUCCUGUGUUACGAGGCUCCGUGUGUGUCGGGCGUGGCCUGCUACACCUCCAGGCCCACGGAGAAGACCUUGAUGCUGAUCUUCAUGCUGGGGGUCGCCUCCCUCUCCUUCCUGCUCGGGCUGAUCGACUUGGCUUGUUCCCUGAGGCGCGUGGCGGGACGGAAGAGGAAGAGGGAGGUGCUGAGGGAGGAAGAGCUGAGCAGAGGGGAACAGAACAACGUGUUUAUGGGUAACGGAGUUCUGGAGGACAUGGAGGUUCUUCUGAGCAAGUCCACCCCGAACGGAGCGCUCGGGAGGGGAGUCGAUGACGGUGCAACGCCCGCCGGCGACGACUCCUCCGCGAACGCCGUCGUUCCACAAGCUCCCAGGAUCCACCUGGUCGCCCUCGGCGGGGCCUCGACCGCACGCAGCCGCGUGCUCCGAGAGGGCGGGGGGUCGGCGGCGGCGGCGGCGUCCACGUUCGGAGGCACGCUGGGGUGCGGCCGCUACGUCCUCCAUGACGACACUCCAUCCCCGUCUCCUCAGAGGGACAGGCGGGCAGCGCCGGGCCCCGGCGUCAUCAUGACCACGCCAGCGGGAAGCAGGAGGCUGGGCCGGUACGCCUCCAUGGUGGGCACCGGGGAGGAGCAGCACUCUGACGGCAGUGGGACCCGGGAUAAGAGGGCGUAUGUGUGA